AUGAUGUCAUUUUGGCCGCAAUCUGCCGAGGCUGGCCCUUCCCGCUCGCCACACGUGCCCUCCAAUACCUUUCAUCACCGUGCUUCCUCGCCGACAAAGAUAUCGAUGCCACCCAGCAGUCAAUUCGUAUCAGCAUCCAAGCAUGAAUCUCAUGUCCCCACAUUUCUUGUCCGAUCCGCGACAGAGCAGAAUCCUACCAGUAUCGACCCAAAAUCGUUACACACGUUUGCCUAUGGUGGCUUUGUGCAGUCAUCCCCUUCAACCGAAUCGACCUCUGCCUUCUCGCCGUCGACUAACUAUCGCACCACCUUUUCCAACCCUUCCUCUUCUUCCAUCUCGUCCGCCGGCCAUGCUAGAGCUGCCUCUCAUCGCAACUCUUUCAGCUCGGUAUCUGUCUCUGAGCUUGGCAGCUCUAUGAUGAGUGAUCGAUUGAGUUGGGGCCGCAGCUUCAAGAGACAGAGCAAACGAAACUCGCAUGAUGCCAAGACUGCUGCCAGUCUCCGAGCCUCGGACUUAGCUCAGAAGGACGGUGGCCGCCAUCGAUCCCAUACAGAAGGAUCGCAGUUCUUAAAUCCCAACAGCGGUGACAUCUUUCUCUAUUCCAGCCGCAACCUUGACGCCAGCUCCGACAAAUCACAACAGCCUCGCUUUAUGCACCAGCGACGCAAGUCGGACGGCCCGCAGCGCUCCAGGCUCGAAGUUGGCCAUGACUCAUCCUCCUACAUUCGUAGUAACCGCAUGUUUCGAUCGCGAUCUUCCAACUCGUUGUCGCACGCCUUUUUCGACCCUCGCGCUCACAAGCACCAAUCCAAAAACAGUACGCACAGCCUCAGUCUUGUCAAAGAUGAAGAUGAGGAAGACUUUGCUACCAGCUCCGGCAACGGCAUGCCUAGCUCUCCUUUGCGCGACUGUCAGACCUUCGCAGACUGGGACGACCAGCAAGCGCUACUACCUUCUAGUAAACAAGUCGAGGACCACGCUGCACGCGAUCGCCAGGCCAUCAUGAUCUCGAGCUCCUCAUCCAAAACACUGCGCAGACGAUCUGGCGAGAUCGUCAAUGUGGCAGCUCGCUCCGCCGCGCAGGCAACCAAGAAGGGUCUGAGCGUCAUUCGCAGAGCAGGCAGUUUCGACGUCAGUUCCAAAGCCUCUGCAGACGCUGUUCAAGAGCGCAAUCGGUUUCGCUCCAACUCUUCCUCUUCCUUCCUCACCACGCUAGGCCUGGUACCCCGACUCGAUCCUCGCCACCAGCGUUCUCAAACGCUCCACGUAGUCGAUGCCCCGAAGACCCCAGGCAAUGAAACGACCGGCAAGAGCAAGCAAGCAUCACUUUCGCUGCCUAGUUCCGUUCAGCAUUCUCCAAAGCUGCAAGGAUUAGGGCUGCACGGUGAAGGCACGAGAUUUAACGCUUCGCGCUUCUCCCAGAUCACGGAAGCGGAAGAUGAAGACAAGUCCCUCUCCAAGGACUUGCCGCAGACUCCAUCCAAAACGCUAGCCACUAUGUCGUUCGACAGCGACCAAGAACUUCAACUUCGUAGGUCUGACUCUUCCGAGGCACUCGAGAAAGAUGAGCCAAACGAGGUUCCAUUGGUUUCAGAACAGACACCCCCAACAGCCUCCGAGGCAGCGAAAGCCGAACCAAAGUCUCCCAGCCGCUCAGCGAUCGAACAACGUCAUGGUCUUGCCAAGCGAUCCUACGCCGCUUUGAUCGAUUUGCUGAAUCCAACGCUGCACAAGGAGGGUAAGCCGCAGUCUCGAGGCCGACAAGCUUCGCUCGGAGGAGCCGAGCCGGUUCGAGGCCUAUCAAACGGCGACCACGGUGGCAAAGGCGUAACUGGUGCUGGUGGUUCUGGCGUCUCGUCCGCGAACAAUGGUGGCAGAAAUCGUGGUAAUACCGGCGGCGGUCGUGGCAACGGCAUGCAUGGCGGAGGUGGCGGUGGCGGUGGCGCGGGUCCGACAAACGGAGGUAAUGGUGGUGGAACGGGAGGCGGCGGCCCCCCGGAUCGUCGUGGGGGCCCGCCUCGUGGCGGCGGCAACAGCUCUUCAGAUGUAGGUCCACCGGUCAAUUCGGUUUACCGAAGGCUUGAGCUCGUCGGACGAGGAGCGUACGGCGCCGUUUACCGUGGCGUCCACGUCGAGACGGGUGCUGCGGUAGCGCUCAAGGUAGUGAAUCUGGACACGCCAGACGAUGACGUGAGUGACAUCCAACGCGAAGUGGCUCUGCUGAGUCAACUACGCGAGGCUGCUUCCAAGAAUGUCGUACGGUACUGGGGCUGUUGGCUCAAAGGCCCAGAGUUAUGGAUUGUUAUGGACUUUGCAGAAGGUGGCAGUGUGCGCACUCUUAUGAAGGCCGGCGCCAUCGCCGAACGCUAUUGUGCGGUGAUCGUCAGGGAGACGCUGGUAGCGCUCAACUAUCUGCACAAAUCGGGCAUUAUCCAUCGCGACAUCAAAGCUGCCAACAUCCUGCUCACCAGCACUGGCCGCAUCCUGUUGUGCGAUUUCGGUGUCGCCGCUUCCCUCGCCUCGAACAGCGUCCACAGCAAGCGCAGUACUUUUGUCGGCACGCCCUAUUGGAUGGCACCCGAAGUCAUCACAGAAGGCAAGACAUACGAUCAGAAAGCCGACGUGUGGAGUCUCGGCAUUACUAUCUACGAAAUGGCUACAGGCAAUCCACCGCUAGCCGAUGUGGAACAGAUGCGAGUCAUUAUGCUCAUCCCCAAAAGCAAGCCGCCGAGGUUGCCGCUCGAAGGCGAUUUUUCGCCCGCGAUGCGCGACUUUGUAGCCGCGUGCCUCAACGAAGAGCCCAAGGAGCGUGCGACAUCGGAAGAACUCACGAAGCUCAAGUGGAUCAAGACGUACGCCAAGACGCCGUCGAGCGUGCUCAAGGAGGUGAUCCAGUCGUACAAUGCAUGGACAAAGGCUGGAGGCAUGCGCAUGAGUUUGAUCGGUGCCGAGACGGCAGAUUGGGGCGAGGCGGGGAAUCGCGAUUCGUUUGCGUUUGAUGGGAGGGAGACGGGUGAGGGUUGGGAAUUCAACACGCUUCAAAGUGCUAGGGAGUGGGAUGAGGAUGAGGAGGAAGUGGAAGGUCAGCAUGCGCCAAUUCCAAUUCGCGAUCAUCCGCUUUUGCGUUUAUUUGAUGUCGAGCCAAGCGACGGUGCGACGAGUGCGGGAGGAGGCUAUGCGACGAGGGGAGGAACGGGAGCAGACAGCGUCAAUGGGUCCACAUGGAGACCGGCUGCGCCAGCGGUCGAAGCUUGUGCGACGCUGCGAGCACAGCAAGCGCCUCCGCAGCUCAAGACGCAGCAGUCGUCGUCAUCGCUGUCUGCCGCUGUACCGAUGGCGAAACCGUCCCUCGGCGCUCACGCCCAAGAGAAGGCGAGUUUCACGGGAACGGGCAACACUCCCUUCCGAUUUGGUGUCGGUGGUGGUGUGGGUCCAGCGCAGCCGAUGCGCAAACGCUCGCAAUCGCUCACGAAACCCAGCAGCAGUUCUUCCGGCUCGUCUUCGCUCGCAAUGUCGACCGCAGCGUCAUCCACUACGACAGCGAUCGUCAUACCGGAUUCUCGUUCGUUGCACGACCUGAGUUCGGCUGGUUCGGCUGGUGCUGCUGGUGCUGCUGGUGCUGCGCAGCCUAAGCAGACUUACAGUUCGCGCGUAUUGGAGCAGCGCAUGGGGCACGGCAAGAGUAAUGACGCGACCUCUUCCGGAUUGUACACUGAUCUGGAUCGCGCAGUGGACAACGCGGAACUCAUUGCGCAUCACCGCCAAUCGCACGGUGGGAGCGAUCCCACCACGGCCGGGCUACACGCGUCGCCGUCUCGCCAUGUGCAGCUGUGGGACCGCGGUGCGAACGCACAGACGUACAGUCGGCUCGCAAGGCUGCGUGCGGGCUAUCUGACGCAACCACGCCAGCGCGCAGACAGCGCGAGUCUCGCCGCCUCCACAUCGCUCGCUGCAAGCGACGAUUCGCCCAUCACUCCUACCGCGCAAGCUGCAGCAGCAGCCACACCAACGCCCACCACUGUCGCGACUGCGACUGCGACUGCGGCGGCUGGGACUGGCGUUCCUGCGGGAUCCGCUUUCACCCGCCCGCACAUGGACGCAGGCCCGGCGCUGAAACCGCUCGAUUUCGCUCAUUUGCACACCAAACACCAGGUCUCGUCCACGUUGGCCAAGACGCUUGACGAUCUCGGCAAGUGGCUGGACGUCCUCAGUCUAGGGUUGGGCCGCGCAGUGCAUUCGGAUUUGUGA